UCAUCAAUGCGAAGUCUAUGCGUGCGGCGUUGACCUUCGUUACCAAGAAGGGUUGUUUCGUAACUUAUCUUAUCGCGUGACCAACUACGCGCCGUCUCGAUUGAUCGUAGACGGCAUUCAUUGCACCGGCAGAAGAAAACAAAUGAUUAAUUUUUCCAGUAAAUUCGUUUUAAUUAGCUAAUCUGUUAAUUCGAUUUUCACAAUUUCUUUGUUUGUUUAUUAAGCUUCUCCUGUGAAUCUCUCUCCCUGAGCUCGCUUUACGAACAAGACGACGACAAGCAUCAUAUGAUUCCUCAUCACUGGCAAAUUUUCUCCCGAGUUUUCAAAAGAUUCAGAUCUUGAAGGAGAAUCUUAACCGUGAAUCGAGCAAUAAAUAGUGUGUGGAAGAUUGCAAUCGAAAUCAUUUUUGCUUGGACAGAAGAAUGUUGAUAGUGUGACUUAUCACCUAUAAGCUCUCUCUUUCGGGAAAGGCCAUGGCUUUGGGAUCUCCUAAGGUUUCUAUAUUCGGUGCUGCUUUUCCUGCGAAGGUGUCCACCAUUGCAAUUGCUAUUGGGGGAUUAGCAUCCUUCUUUGUUUUCGGAUUGUUGCUUCGUCUUUCGUACCCUAUUGGUUCAUCAGUGAGUGGUGUGUUUUAUGGGAAUGCGACUCCUGAACUAGUUGAAGUCCCUUUGUCCUUGAGCAACCAUACCGUGGAAGGCCUUUACACGGGUAGUGACGUUAGUGUUUCAGAUCAAAAUCUGACUUCUAACUCUAGCUUGGGCUCACCUGAUGCUGUUGCUAGUGAUAAGAAACCUUUGGUGGAUGGGAAAGAGGAGGCGGAUGAGAAGAAGAUUGAUGUUGGAUCAGGUGAAGGUGACACCAAUGUUUCCAAGGCUGGAGACACUCCAAGUGUAGUAUCAUCUUCUCCACAUGAUGACUCUAAAACCGCUUCAGCAGAACCAGAGUGUGAUUUGUAUCAAGGUAGCUGGUUUUAUGAUCCGGAGGGACCUGUGUACACGAACAAUUCAUGCCCCGUCAUAACGCAGAUGCAGAACUGCCAGGGAAAUGGACGAUCUGACAAGGGAUACGAGAACUGGAGAUGGAAACCAUCUCAGUGUGACCUUCCUCGGUUUGAUGCCAAGAAAUUUCUAGAGCUAAUGAGAGGCAAGACAUUAGCCUUUAUAGGUGAUUCAGUAGCUCGUAACCAAAUGGAAUCCAUGUUGUGCCUUCUUUGGCAGGUUGAAACGCCGGUCAAUCGUGGGAGCCGGAAGAUGCAGAGAUGGUUGUUUAAGUCAUCAUCAGUAAUGAUUGCUCGUAUAUGGUCAUCUUGGCUCGUCCAUCAGUUCAACGAAAAAUUCGAUUAUGCUCCCGAAGGUGUCACCAAACUAAAGCUGGACCUUCCUGAUGAGCGCAUAAUAGAAGCUCUUCCCAAAUUCGACGUGAUUGUCUUCUCUUCAGGGCACUGGUUUGCAAAGCAGUCUGUCUACAUACUCAAUGACGAGAUCGUAGGAGGCCAGUUAUGGUGGCCGGACAAAUCAAAACCCAUGAAAGUCAACAACGUGGAAGCAUUCGGAAUAUCAGUUGAAACAAUCCUAAAGUCCGUGGCUACACACCCUAACUACACGGGUUUGACCAUAGUGAGAACAUGGUCGCCUGAUCACUACGAGGGUGGGGCUUGGAACACAGGAGGCUCGUGCACCGGGAAAGAAGAACCCAUCCUUCCAGGGAAGCUGGUGAAAAACGGGUUCACGGAGGUAAUGCAUGAGAAGCAAGCCACAGGGUUUAACCAAGCUGUGGAGGGAGUUUCGGAGAGCUCAAAGGUUAAGUUAAAGCUGAUGGAUAUUACAGAGGCAUUUGGGUAUCGACAUGAUGGCCAUCCUGGUCCGUACAGGAGUCCGGAUCCAAACAAGAUCACUAAAAGGGGACCUGAUGGACGGCCUCCGCCUCAGGACUGCUUGCACUGGUGCAUGCCGGGACCGGUUGAUACGUGGAAUGAAAUGGUGUUGGAGCUCAUAAGGAGAGACGUGGAAGGCAGGAAAAGGAAUAGCUGAUGAGUUACAUAUACUAUUAUUAUGAUUCUUGAUCGUUGAUAAACCAAACAUAAACUCUCACUUCACUUGUAGAGUUUUGUCAACCACGGUGAGGUAGAAUUAGGAUUGUUUUGGAUCGUAUUUCUUCCACGUUCGCUUGUUUCUUUGAGAUUGAAAGCUAUUUUGUUUUUCUCUUUUUGUUUCAUUUUACAUUUUGCUAUUUCGGAGGUACAUUAAGGGAUAAAAUCGAAUCUUAAAUAA